GCGCAGGGGGAACAUGGAGAGCGAGCGCGACAUGUACCGCCAGUUCCAGGACUGGUGCCUUAGGACUUACGGGGACUCGGGCAAGACCAAGACGGUGACCCGUAAGAAAUACGAACGGAUCGUCCAGCUCCUCAACGGCUCCGAGUCAAGCUCUACCGACAAUGCCAAAUUUAAAUUCUGGGUCAAAUCGAAGGGUUUCCAGCUGGGCCAGCCGGAUGAGGUCCGCGGGGGUGGCGGCGGCGCCAAGCAAGUGCUCUUCGUGCGGGUCAAGACUACGGAUGGCGUUGGAGUGGAUGAGAAGCUAUCCUUAAGGCGAGUGGCUGUGGUUGAAGAUUUCUUUGACAUCAUCUAUUCCAUGCAUGUGGAAACAGGGCCGAAUGGAGAACAAAUUCGGAAACAUGCUGGGCAGAAGAGAACUUACAAAGCAAUUUCAGAGAGCUACGCCUUCCUACCAAGAGAAGCGGUGACAAGGUUUCUAAUGAGCUGUUCCGAGUGUCAGAAAAGAAUGCACUUGAACCCAGAUGGAACCGACCACAAAGAUAAUGGGAAGCCUCCUACAUUGGUGACCAGCAUGAUUGACUACAACAUGCCAAUCACCAUGGCGUACAUGAAGCACAUGAAGCUGCAGCUGCUAAACUCACAGCAAGAUGAGGAUGAAAGUUCUAUAGAAAGUGAUGAAUUUGAUAUGAGUGAUUCAACAAGGAUGUCAGCCGUGAACUCUGACCUUAGCUCGAAUCUGGAAGAAAGAAUGCAAAGUCCCCAGACUCUCCAUGGCCAGCAAGAUGAUGACUCUGCUGCAGAAAGCUUUAAUGGCAAUGAGACUCUGGGGCACAGCUCAGUGGCUUCAGGAGGGGCUCAUGGCAGGGAGACUGGGGACUCCAGCAGUGAUGGAAAAACUGGGCUGGAACAAGAAGACCAGCCACUGAACUUGAGUGACAGUCCCCUCUCUGCACAGCUGACUUCAGAAUACAGGAUAGAUGACCAAGGCAGUAAUGGGAAAAACAAGUACAAGAACCUUCUAAUCUCCGACCUCAAGAUGGAACGGGAAGCAAGAGAAAACGGAAGCAAGUCUCCAGCACACAGCUACUCCAGCUACGACUCUGGCAAGAAUGAGAGCGUGGACCGGGGUGCAGAGGACCUGUCACUCAACAGGGGAGACGAAGACGAAGAUGAGCAUGAUGAACACGAGGAUGCUGAGAAGGUGACCGAGACAGACGGCGUCGAAGCGGAGAGGCUGAAAGCGUUCAAUUCUCGACCUAUCCCUUCCCACCUUACUUCAGCAGUUGCAGAGAGUAUCUUGGCCUCAGCCUGUGAAAGCGAGAGGAGAAAUGCUGCCAAGAGGAUGCGUCUGGAUAAACCCCAGGACGAAGCUACUCCCGCUGACAAACAGUGCAAGCCUGAGGCAGCCCAGGCCACCUACUCAACAUCUAGUGUUCCAGGCUCACAGGAGGUAUUGUACAUCAAUGGCAAUGGGACCUACAGUUACCAUAGUUACCGAGGGCUAGGAGGAGGACUGCUAAACCUGAAUGACACUUCUAGUAGUGGACCCACGGAUCUCAGCAUGAAGCGGCAGCUGGCGGCUGGCUCAGGAUCCUCCAGCAGUUCAAACUCCAGACCUCAGCUCAGUCCAACAGAAAUCAACGCUGUGAGACAGCUUGUCGCAGGGUACCGAGAAUCCGCUGCAUUUUUAUUGCGCUCUGCGGAUGAACUGGAAAAUCUCAUUUUACAACAGAACUGAAGCAAACGAGGUCCAUACCCACCGAGUUCUAAGUUUGUAGUUCCCACUAAUGACACUUGAUUUCCCAGCAGAGAUGCUCCUGGGCUUGCAGCACAGUCUCUGAAGAGAAACACUUCCGUCCUGCCUCGUAGUCCUUGGCCCGUACACGGGUGUGUUAAGAAGCUUCAGAGGAACUCGGACCUCGAAGUACUGGAGAUGCUUAAAUGUGCCCAGCCAGUUGCUUUCUGGUUUAGUGUGUCAACAUAAAUAUCAUAAGCAAUUUUUUUUAAAAAAAGGCUGCAUAUUCUUAAUUCAAGGAUAAAAACGAAGAAGCUUGUAGUAUAUAUAAAAAAUAGUUCAAGAUCCAACUGAGAUAUUAGUGGAGUUUUCUACUGACUUAUUGGACCGGAAGCUGAAGUAUCUGGGAAAAAAAAAGCCAAAUUUCUUGUUGCUACAGGAUAUGACAGCAAUGAAAAGGAUCUUGUAUUUUAAAAGAAAAAUGUAAUUUUUAUAAAAAGAAUACUUGUUUUUCAUUCAAAAAUGGUCAUUUUUACUUUGGUAACUUUUUCAUAGGUCCUAAAAGAAAACUGU